AUGGGAGUGAAAAAUGUCUUCAGUGAAAAGAUGGUGGGUUUUGAUCCAAAAAAUAAGGAGCAAUUGUCUUCUUUGCAAUGUGGUUUUUGCGGAGCUUCAUCUGGUGUAAUAACGCGUGUGGUGGUACAGCCUCUCGAUGUUCUUAAAAUACGAUUUCAGUUACAGAUUGAACCUACAACAAAGGUAUUUAACACAGAGCUCACCUAUAACUGACCUAACUGGUUGUCAAUUAAGAUUCAAUGGAUUGCUGAUUUUUGAAGGACUUUGCCCAAUAUACCCCCUCCCCCCUUAAAAAAAGCGAAACAAAACAAAAGAAGCAAAUAAAAUAAUAAUCAAAAAUUGUACAACCAUUGUUUCAGUUUUCUCCUGGGUAUUACAGUCGUCCCCUGAGAAAGAAAGAACAAUGCUUUUCAAAAUCUUUUGGGGAAAAAGGUGUAUUAUUAAUGUGAAAAUGGUGAAUACAAUCCCCAUAUAUUACUUAUGCAUACUUUUUCAAAGCCAAAUCAAGAGAUGAAAUGAGAGCCAGAUUUAAAUCAAAAGUCCGGGAACAAUAGUGUACAUAAGAUAUGUAUUGCGCUAUGCAUGAUGGAAAAAUCUACCUGAAAACUUAAGAAAUCAGAAAUCUUAUGGCCGCUUUAAAUAUUUGAUGAUUAAGAAAUGUAUACAGUUAGGGUAGUCACUAAGAUUUCAAGUUGCUGGGUAAAUACAACAAGUAGGCAGGGAAUCAAACAGCUAGGGAUUUCUUUUGGUUCUAUUUUUCUUCUGUUUUCCUGUGAAAGUAGCCAGGGGCCACAUUCAUAGUAGCUGGGGGAAAUCCCCGGCCCCUGCCUCUUAAUGACAGCCCUGUUGACAGUAAAAAGUAAAACAGUACAGUAAAAAAGUACAGUAAAAAUACCAAAAAUUGAUGAGUUACAUCAUUUCAUAAGAGAGUUUAUAUUGUAAUAUUAAGCACCAAUUGUAUGAUAAUAAUUUAAUGGUUUAGUGAAGUCAGGAAUCUCCUCUGAAAAGCUCAGUAGAGCUUGCCGAGAUCCCCUGCUCAUGUAUACCAGAACUUAAGUACUUAGUAAGCAUUUCAAAAAUCAAGGCAUGAUUCUGUGGCUCACAGGUUGUCUGGCCUGCACAUCACAUUGGUGAAAAGACCAAAAAUAUAGGGGAACUUGAAGUUGGAGAAAUAGCUUGCCAGCAAAAUGGCCAUAAAUCAUUCUACACAUUUAAUUCUUUAUUUGUCUAUCUAUCAUUGUAAAAUUAGUAUUAUACAUUUGGUAUUUGUUGGUUGCAUUAAAUUCAGCUUUGACCGCAACACUCUUUUAUGUGACAUGAAUGAUGUUCAUUAUAAAUUAUGGAUUGCUUCUAUUGAUGUCAAAACCACUCUGGCAUGCAUGACCUUGCCUAUGCUUUGUAAUUUGUAGACAAGAAAUUCUCACACCUCUUUUUAAUGUCACCCUAAAAGAAAGAAAAAAACUCACAUGAAUCUAGUUCUUCUCUUUAUGACAGCUACAUUAAUUUUACACUCUUGUUCACUGGCUUUAUUUGAGUUCUAGUUAAUUUUAUUAGACUGUUUGCACCUCUAAUUGGUGACAUUAAUGAUGCUUUAGUUUAGAUUUUGAAAACUCAAUUUAAUGUACAAAAUGCUUAUAGCAGUACUGGUAAAUUUAAAAAUUGUAUUUUUAAUUGUUCUUAAAUUAUCUUCCAGAGAACAUGAUUUUUUUCUCUGUCUCUUGCAGGGUAUUUCAAGAGGUAAAUACUCAGGAAUAUGGCAGGCAUUAAGAUUAGUCUAUAAGGAAGAAGGAUUUGCUUCUCUUUGGUAAGUUAUAUAAAGCAGCAUAUACAAAAGUUUGAAGUUAAUUGGUUCAACUUGAGCAUAUUUUUAUACAACACAUAAAAUUAUCUAUUUUGUAAGAAACUUUCCUAUUUUAUGCUGGAGCUUUAGGCAGCUAACUUACUAGUUUGCAUAAAAAAUAAUGCACUUUCAGGGUUGUCACUAAGAUUUCAAGUUGCCGGGUAAACACAACAAGUAGGCGGGGAAUCAAACGGCUAAGGAUUUCUUUUGGUUCUAUUUUUCUCCUAUUUUCCAAUAAAAGUAGCCGGGGGCCACUCUCUUAGUAGCCGGGGAAAAUCCCCGGCCCCCGGCUCCUAAUGACAACCCUGCACUUUGUUUGUUUAACCAGGAAAGGUCAUGUACCAGCUCAAGCUCUGUCAGUGAUAUAUGGAUCUGUGCAAGUAAGUGUUAAUGUUAUUAUCAAUGUGGCCUUUCUUGCACAAGCAUCCCAACUGCAUAAUGACAUUCAAAAUAAUGGGAUUUUCUUGCUGGGCAAGUACCUUUUAACCCUUUAAGUCCCAAUAGUGACCAAGAUCAAAUUUCUCCAAACAAUAUCCAUACACUGUCAAGAGAUAAGUUAUGAGAAUUAAUAAAAUGAUCACACAAGAGAAAAUGCCUUGAUCUAUUAUCAAAUUCUCUCUACUUAUUCUUUAAGGAAAUGUAUAUAGAUCAGUUUGGAGAAUUUGUAUGUGGAUACUGGGGCUUAAAGGGUUAAAGUUGACUUGCCUAAUGGGUAAGCAAGUCAUCUUACAACAAAAUCAUUAACUAAGACCAGACGAGCACGAAUCGGCCCUGGGUAAGCAAAAUAUGAGUUCUGCUUACCCAAAUAACAACCUUUAAUUCAAAAUUUUUUUCGAUCCCUGCUUAAUCAUACAUUUUUAAUAUAAGGCUGUGAGAAUUAAGAGAAUGAUCAGCAAAGAUAUCUUGUUUAUCUCAAACCAGACCUCAAACCUCAUUCCUAGUGUAUCUCAUCUUUCCACUCUUUGGAAAUGCAGGUAAAUAAAGCUAUCAUCCUCAUGGCAAACAUUUCUCUCUCUCUCAUCACUCAAAAUGCCCCAAAAUGCAAUUUUCAUUAACCCCUAAAUUUAGAUUUUCCUAUGGGAAGCCCCUGACUCGCCCAGUGAAAGGGUGGCAGUGCCCCCUCCCCCCUCAUACCUACCCCUACUCACAUCUGUGCCACAUGAAAGAUGUGCCAUUCAAUCUAAUCAGAUGCUGCUUACCGUUUUUCCUUCUACUCCAAAUUAUCUGAAGAACCCUGGUUGUAGUGUCAUGCAAAGAAUGUUAUAUGUAUAUUACUAUGAGAACUCCCAAUCAUAUAGGUUCUGUUGUGUUGUUUAUUUGUUUGAUUGUGUUUGUUACUCACAAAAUAGAAUCACAAAAGGUCUUGUAAUGUCGUGAUCAUUCAAUGUACUUGAUGAUAGCUGCAUGUGUUGUAUUUUAACAAUUGGACGUUCGCUUAGCUGGCUUGACACUUGACUGGUAUGACUUCUAAAUUAUAAUAAAAGAUUGUGUCUUGCCUUUGAUUCAGUUCAUGGUAUUUGAAGCUGUCACAGAAGUUAUGUGGAGAGCAUACCCCACCUGUACCUCUCCAAAGUGGAAGCCAGGUUAUUACUCAUAACUGUAAGGCGCUGGUCGGUUAUUGUCUCUGAUAGAGGGCCGGCCAUUUUUCUGGGGGGUCAUUUUCAGAUAAGGGAGUGUUACAUGGGAGGUCAUUUUAAUAAUAUUGUCACAGUACAGUGAUGCCAUUGAUUGACAAAAGCUUUAAUUUCAUUUUUAUUAAGAAAAACAGGGUUGCCACUAAGAUUUCAAGUUGCCGGGUAAAUACAACAAGUAGGCGGGGAAUCAAAUGGCUAGGGAUUUCUUUUGGUCCUAUUUUUCUUCUAUUUUCCAAUAAAAGUAGCCGGGGGCCACUCUCUUAGUAGCCGGGGAAAAUCCCCAGCCCCCGGCUCUUAAUGACAACCCUGGAAAAACCCAAGCUUUUUAAGGUCUCAUUAGAGCAGUAUUUCAAUCACAAAGUAGUACAAAGUAGUAACCAGCGUGAAUUGAAAUUGAAUGCAAUAGCCAUAAAUAGUAAUCUCCGAUCUUAUUAAGGUGACUUAGAUAAAGUAUGUGCUGAACUUCUGCUCAAUUUGUAGCCUGCAGAACAGGUGUUAUUAUUUCUUGUAAUGUUUUUCAGGUAAGAGGAGGCAAGCUCUUGCCUUGGAAAACACGAAAAAAAUAAUGCCUAUUCUGCAGAGUACACAAUAUGUAGCUAGAAUAUUUGUAAUUCCCACAGCAAUCAGAUAUGGGUCACUUUCAUAAUAGUUGAAAUGUAUUGAGGGUGACUUUUAAAAAGCUACAAUCCCUGACAAAACUACUUGAGAACAUUUUUUCCUCAAUGCGCACUCUCUUAUGCCACAAAACUCUUUCCAAAUCAAUGGUUUUGUGUAAAGUUAACCUUUCUCAAAGUUCAAAGUUGCUUCCUACAAAUGCUCAGAGAUCAGACUUUCUUUUGAAGACACAAGAACACUGUUUCCAGGGGCAGGGGCAUUGCUUUCCAAGUAUGCAAUUUUAUCAAGAGUAGCUAGGAUGAAUUGGAGGUUGUUUUGAAAAUCUUCUAAGCUUUCUCAAAAUAACUACCCCCCCGUCCCCCCCACAGGUAAUAAAUAACUAGCCCCCAAUGAAUGCACAUGACACUUCCUAUUUUUUCAAGUCUUUUUAAAACUUUUUAAUGAAACAGUGAAAUUGAGGCAGUAAAACAAAUGCCUAUAAUCAUAUGAUAUGUUAAAGUAAUAUCAUUUUGUUUUGCAUCUGUAAUUUCUUGUGAUCAUUAAUAUUGAAGGAUCUCCAUGUUUGUUCUUUUAAACACAGUAACUCACUUUGUCUGUGGUGGAAUUGCUGGAUGUCUUGCAAGUACAGUUGCACAACCUGUAGAUGUUAUUCGAACAAGGCUUGUUGCUCAGGGUGAGCCUAAGGUAAAUGUACAGUCAAAGCUGACUCGAUCGUCCCUAGUCGUCUCUUGUCUCCUAAUUAAAUAUUUACGAGGGAUGCAGGUGGAAGAUAUGCGGGGGGGGGGAUGGGAAGGAGGAAAAAGGGGAGAUGACGUCUCUUCCUGUUCCCUCUAUCCUUCCCAUUGUCCGCUUUGCCAAGAUGCUGUUAUAGUCUCCCAUGGCCACGACCAUUCUAUGACCACCUACAAGUGAUAAGAGAUGACUGGGGACGAGUCAGUAGUCAAAGUUUGCACAGAUUAACUCACACCCUUGGGAAGCAGGAAAAGUGUCUGCACCUGAGGCUGGUGUGUUACAGGAAUAAUCCACGUAAGCUGCCACCAGCAGCAUAGAGUAUGAGUGCAUUCUUAUGAGAGCUUAUUUCACUAAUCACUCUAAUCAAGGUUAAUACAGAUACAGUAAAAUACAUUAAUUAUACUCAUAAUUAUUUGUUUGUUGUAUUGCCCUUUACAUAUCAAUACUGCUAAUAUAUAAAUAUAGGAAAUAGGAAAAAAACUACACUUUCAUCCCGACAAGCCUGUUUCGUGAUCGCUCACUCUUCAGGGGAUUUAAUGAUAAGGAUAUUCAAAACCAUCCGCUAUAUACUUUUAGAUUACAUCAUUGGGGAAAAUUUAAAUUUAAAUGUUUAGUUUUACGUAGCUGAGGAAGAAGUACGCUAAUAUAUAAAUUUUUAAAAAAAACCAUUAUGUUCUGUAUACUAAGUGGAUUUUCCUUUGUUGAGACCAUUUUUAAUAGAGAUACUUACUUUAAAUCAAAAGAAUACUUAGACAAAUCCUGUCUCCUGAAACUGUGGUGUAGAGUUUGUAUGGAGAAUGAAAGAGGGCAUUGUUAAAGCAGCUGUAAUAGGUCACAUAUGGUCAGGAAUUAUGACUUUGUUUAUAGACUCAAAAAUUAGAUCUGCAUUGCUGCACAUCUUCUUAGGUCUUUGGAAUACCGGUACAUCCUUUUGCUAUGCAAAUCUUUUGAAAACGUUUUAUUAUUCUUUCAUAAAAAUGUGAAUUAAAAAAAAAUGUAUUUCAUUCUAGAUGUACAAGAAUCUUUAUGAAGCCGCUUCCAAAAUGUAUCGCAAUGAGGGACCCAGAUCAUUUUACAGAGGUAAUAAGGCCUUAAUCAGUUUGUUUUCCCUUUAAUUGGUUAUAAAUUAAUUUGUCUAGUUUUAAUUACCUUUAAUUUCUUCAGUUGUGCUCCCUAGUGUGCCUAUUAAAUUGAAACCCCAAAAAAUUGCUCAAAGUUGCAGAGAAACCCCCCAAAAUCUCAAAUUAACAGAUUUGCCUUUGGGAAUUUUGCCAAAAAAGGUGUUUUGGUCACUGUCUGGCUAUAAAGAAAUAGAACUUACCACAAAGCAGUUUACAGGUCGUACCUUUGUGGUCUUCUGAUCGAGAUGCAAAAUAUUAGUUUCCAAAGUUCAGGUAUGUGCAGAAAGCAAAAUUUCGAGUUAGUUUUUAGGUUUAAAAGUGACGCAGCAGUCUUCAUUUUUUUUUUUUUUCGCUUUCUCUCCUCUCCUCUUCUUUUUCUUCUCCUGCCUUGUUGUUUUUUUCUUUUUGCUGGACAUUUAGUAGGCUUCAUUUUGGUAAGAAACGAUUAUGGGGAAAGCUUUUAGGAUCAUAGGAUUAGAUGAAAGGAAAUGUAGGUGGCACUUGAAGGAUGUACCUACUUUAGACAGUAAUAUCAAACACUUUUGAGACACUUUGUAUUUGAUGAUUCCUCCUUUCUUUUUUUAUCCUGUAGGGCUGGUGCCAACUCUAGUUCAAAUUUUUCCACAUGCUGGUCUACAGUUUGGGUUUUAUACCUUUUUCAAGACUCUGUGGGAAGUCAUUUUUAGUUCCAAGGUACAUUGAUGAAUAUAGUCAUAGUCAGAAAUUAAACCCUAGUAAUUUUCUCAUGUCGCAGUCACUUGAGCUUUUCAGCUCGGACAUUGCAGCAUUUGUUACUUGACUUACAUGUUUUUACUUAUUUAUAAAUAUGUAAUAAUCAGACACAUCAAAACCUCAAAUUAAACUCAACACAGUGGGUUUAAAAGCUAAUAUAGCUUAUGCAGCCAUGUAAAAAAAAUGUUAACAGGAUAAUAAAAAUUAAGAAACUUGCUAAACUUAAAAAACAGUGACCACACCUGAAAAUUUUCAGGAAUGUUGAUUUGUUUACUGGCCAAUCAGAAUAAAGUUAAAGACAUGGAAGUGAUGGAAACCACGAAACUAAAUACGUUGUACUAAUAACCACUGCUGUAUGCAAUUUGCAUUUAGUUUUCUCACACCUAAUUGGCUAAUUUUUCUUCCAACACAAAUGUUCUGUGCUCAAAAUUAAUAAUUAUUCUUCUCGAGGAAAUUCGUGUAAAAUUCUUAAACUAGCAACAGAGGGUUUUGAUGCCUUAGACAUGUAAGGAUACAGUCUUUUGUGAGAAUUUCUCGAAUGCUUGCAUGGUUUGUUCUUUCUUCCACUCAGAGAGUUUAAUGGUUAAAAACUAAUAAAUGAUUGUUGCUAAAAAGGUAAGUUCCCCAAGGGCUUUGUUUGACACUUGUCAUAAAGUUUUUAUAAGUUCAUUAUGUCUGAUGUCAGCACAAUUAUUUACAGAGAGGUCCUGGUGAAGCAGCUGGUGUCAAGGAGAGCCUUGUUUGUGGUGGAUUAUCAGGAAUAUGUGGUAAAGCAGUUAUUUAUCCUCUUGACAUGGUCAAAAAGAGACUGCAGGUGUGUUAGCUUAUAACUGCCAUGAUCGAUGUAGGUCAUCUGCACAGUUGAACCUCCACGAGCGACCUGUGAUGGACAAAACACUGACCCCCCCAGUCCAUUCACUAUCCAAUGGACUACCCAUAUGGAUUACCCUAAAAUGGACUAUGCCUCUGAUGUUGAGUGAUUAGGGAUGGGAAAAUAGAUGAAUCAAGUUUCAGGUCAGUUUUCCCAGUAUAAUGAGCCUGAAUGGGACCUGAUUCACGCCUUACCCUAAUCACUUAAAGUGCCUAUCACCUAAAAUUUUUUAUGUUUUUCUUAUCUGAAACUACACCUUAUUAAAAUAACUUCUGCAAAAAAAUUUUGCAAUUUGAACCAAAGACGAUUUUUUUUAGAAUUUUUUAAAAACAUUCAAAUUUGCCUCAAUUUUGGCACACAAUUCGUCUUAGUCUUCUUUCGGGGUAUGACGUACUUUAAGGAACACGUGACUUUAACGACAGGAAAACAUUAAAAGUUCUGGUAGGUUUUUCUAUUUCAGAAAAACUUUCUUCUUGCGAAGACAUUGUGAUUGAAUCCUUACUUGUAAUUGAUCUUUUUUGUGUACAGCUGGUGAAGGAAAGGUAAUGUGAGUUCCUUAAUUUAGGUCACAUGACAUAAUAUAUGAGCCUGCUAGUUUGCGUGAUCAGUGGCGCGGGUGUACCGCAAAAAUGUGCACUUCAAAAAUUGGUAAAAAAAUCACGUUUUGUUGAAAUGGCAAAAUUUUUUUGCAGAAGUUAUUUAAAUAAGGUAUAGUUUCAGAUAAGAAAAUAUAAAAUUUUAGGUGAUGGGCACUUUAACUUCAGCAGCAUACUUUAUUUUAGGGUAAUUGAUAUGGGUGGUCUAUGGGGAUAGUACAUGGACCUGGGGUCAGUCGUUUGUCCACCAACUGAGUGACCAUCUCUCGUAAGCGACCACCUCCUAUAAGCCAGCACCUAUAUGCAAAACACCAAACGUUUCCCACUCAAAGCCCUACAAUGGGAACAUGGGGUAAACAACCACUUUUUGGCCUGACAGCUUUACAGUUUUACACUGAUUUUAAACGCUUGUAAUAGCCUGCGAGCAACCUCUCCUGGGCACUUGAUCUGGUGGCGGGGCUGGAAAAGGAAGGAGAGCUUGCAACUAUGUCUCUGGAAUUUGAAUAUCUGCAUCAAAAAAGUCGAUGCGAAAUGCUGAUUGGCCAAGAUGACAUUAGUAAUGACGUCAUUACCCUUGGCACAUGUUUUUCCAUGUUUGUUUACAUUCGCACUCAUUUCCGCAUUACGCUGAUUGGUGGAAAUUUGACAGCUCAGUCGAUGGGCAGCCACAGGGGAAUUGAAGGUGGAAUUCAAAUUCCAGAGAUAUAGUUGCAAGCUCUCUUUCCUUUUCCCGCUCUGCUGCCAGAGCGCCCCGGAGAGCUAAUGCUCCCAAACUGCGCUUGUAAGCGACCACUUGAUGCAUGGUGCGAUCCCUUUGUUCGCUUAGUUUUUAUACUACACCACUUGGAGAAUAUGAAAAACUGAGUGACAACAUGGAACUACACUUACAAGUAACUUACAAAUUGCGUGUAACUUAUUCUCUUCCAAUAAGGGAAUGUGUCAUGGACCCUUUCUUAGAAAAAACACCUUUCAGUUUGAUUCUUGUAAGCACCACUUAAUCGCUGCAUUUUGUGUGGUCACUUAUGGGAGGUUCUACUGUGUUUUAGUUUUUUAAAAAACUAUGUGUGAGCCUAAUUAAUUGUCAAAAAGAAUGAAUGGUCAGCUUUUAUAUUACUGAAGAAGGUUAAUUGCUGCUACUUUUGUCACGUGUUAAUAAUAAAAACUCAGAGGAAUGCCCCAGCAGAGUAGUAAGUCCAAAACUCAAAGUUGGUGGUGAUUUUUGCCAGAAGCCGGAUAAUUUUGGAAACCGUGCUUAAAUAAUCUUUUUAUUAAUAUCUUAUUAGUAUCCAAUUUCUCCUUACAAUAAAUUAUGACUGUUUAAGCAAAAGCUAAAGGAAAUAUCUCCAACAAAUAAUUUUUUAGGCCUAGACUCUUACACAAAUUUUCUUCAUCAGGGUGACUGGGUUCACAUGCACCUUGAAAGUCCUUGAAAGUCCUUGAAUUUUGAAGUUAAAAUUCAAGGCCUUGAAAGUCCUUGAAAAUUGCAGUCGGUGGUGGAAAGUCCUUGAAUUUCUGUGCGGCUAACUUUAUCCAACCCAAAAGAAAAGGAGCAAACACAGAAAGACGUUCAGGAUAAAAUUGCUCAUGUUGUGGAAUGGAGUCCUUGAAGGCUACAAACCCUGUACUAAUUAUGGGGAUAGACACACUGUAUAUACCCACUGAUCCUCCAAAUUCUUGUUUCAUUAUCAUUUUUCGGUGAACAGCUUCAGAAAUGAGUUUCAUCACUUUCACUACAAGGUAAUCAGGGAUCAGAUCAGGUUAAGAGACAGAAUAAACCCAUAGUGAUGCAUGUGAACCAUUCAUUUGAUAAUUCUUUUCCUGACUGUCAUAGCUACAGUGCCAUACAUUAAAAAUGUAGUGAUGAUCAAUUAUUGGUGCUCCCCAUUUUUUAAAGGUGCAAGGCUUUCAUCAAGCUAGAAAGAGUUUUGGAAGAGUUCAGUCUUACAGUGGUAUGAUUGACUGCUUCAAGGUUAUUGCAAAGGAAGAGGGAGCCACUGGCUUCUUUAAAGGACUUGCUCCCAGCACACUUAAGGUAUCAUUCUUAAUCCCCUGAAUUUUGUUGGGACAAUGCCUUGGCUGAUGUAAUCAUAAGCUUGAAAACCAGGUAGAGGCAAAGGAUGAGAAUUUGCUGCCCUGAAUGAACUGCUCUUGAAGAUCCAGUUAAGGACAACUUUGUCUUCUAAGUCCAGGAAGAAAACUUUCAAACCAUAGCAGAAUGAGUUAAGAAAAAGGCAAAAAGGCACGUGAAGUUGACCUGAUAAUAACAAUAAUAAUAAUAAUAAUAAUAAUAAUAAUAAUAAUAGUAAUAAUAAUAGUAAUAAUAAUAAUAAUAAGGACUUUAUUGGAUAACACAAUUACUGGAAAGUCCAGUAGUUUUUGUUGUGGUUCAGCGUUUUUGUCUUAGAAUGGGGUGUUUCUUCAUACCAUGUAUGACCUAUGUCUGUUUAUUUUACAUGUAUGAGUGGUAUGAAGAAAUGAAUAGUUUAAGUCUAUUUUAGGGUAGCACUUUUUGGUACCUGGUCUUAAAUAGGGCUGCAAAAUUCAGCUUUACAAGGUCUGGUGAAGGCUAACAUAGUAAGGGGUUCCAGAGAGACACACCCACUUAUUUAUUAUGAGAGCGCUAUAAGUGGGGAAGGGCUGGGCUUGAAGAGUAAGUAGAAAAUGAGAAAUGCAGUGAUACCAUUCUGUCGUCCUGGCCAUGAAUCUUAUCUAGUUAUGUAGUUAAACACAAAACUCUAUGACUUUCAGGCCUUUCCAGGACUCACACCACCUCGGUUGAGAUACAGAGUGACAUAGUUAAAAAUCUAAUGAAGGUUCCCCGGGUUGUGGUUUUUCUAGUUUCCUGCAAGAAUUGAGUAUUAGGAAUCCAUAACUGUUUAUCCAGAAUAAAGGCGAGGUUUCAGUCUUGUGAUAGAGAAAACAAUAAAAUGAUUCACCCAUGACAAAAGCAGAUUGUAAACAAGGCAUAGUUUACAGCUUCACUAGUGUUGUGCAAGCAGCUGUAUGUUUUAAUUCGAAACAUGACCAAGUUAAUCUUAUUUAUGGAUACCGAAUACUCUAGCAUUAAUAAUUGUCAGUUGCUUUAUUUUUUCAGGCUGGUUUGUCUGUAGCCCUUAUUUUUUGUACGUAUGAACAGUGCCUGGCAAUGAUAAGAAGUUACAUUCAUGAGGAGGAAUUGCCAGCAGUUACAUCAGAAUCAAGAAGAUAGCUACACAGAAGGAAUUUAAAUAAUAUAUUAACUGUACGAUAUGAAUAUUAUUAUUCAAUAAAAAUUAUUUUCAUUUUGAUGUUUUUUACUUAGCGUCACAUACAGGUAAUAAACACUGGUCGGAAUUAUAAUUUUCUGAAUCAUUGUUAGCCAAUAAUAUCAAUAAUAUUAAUCAGUGAUUAAUGACUUUAAUUUUUGCAAAAUUUAUAAUAC